AAUACGGUAAAAUCCUGUUUGCGGUAGUAAACUGGUGAAUUGCAGACUGUGUUUAGCUGGCUGUCAGUUGUAUUUAACUACUAUUUGAUUAGUUUUGCAAUUCACAACAAUUUCACGGUUAAUCGAUCGAAAUGGACGGGGAUGUUAGUAAUGCGGACACAACCCCACCUGACUCCGACCCAGCGCGGAAGCGCAGAGUACACGGGAUGUUGAAGCUUUAUUAUGGGCUGAACGAGGAAGGAAAGACCGUGGAUCAAGCGGAGUCCCUGGAUCCCUGCGAUAUAAAUGGGCCGCAUUUCGAUCCUGAAGUGUAUCUCAAUAAGCUCAGGAGAGAAUGCUCCCUUGGAGAGCUGAUGGACCAGGAGAGCUGCAUGGUGAAGCAGAUCCGCUCCUUAGACAGUGACAUGCAGACAUUGGUGUAUGAGAACUACAACAAGUUUAUCUCUGCCACAGACACCAUCAGAAAAAUGAAGAAUGAUUUUAAGAAGAUGGAGGACGAAAUGGACUGCCUGACAACCAACAUGGCUGCUAUCACAGUGUUCAGUGCACGUAUCAGUGGGACUCUUCAGGACCAGCAUGCACAAAUCACCAAACUGUCAGGAGUCCACACUCUCUUGAGGAAACUGCAGUUCCUGUUUGAGCUGCCUGCCAGGCUGAAUAAGUGUUUGGAGCUCCAGGCCUACGCCCAGGCCGUGACCUCCCAUCGCCGUGCCCGCUGCGUGCUGCAGCAGUACAGCCACAUGCCCUCCUUCAGGGGCAUCCAGGAUGACUGCCACGCUAUCAUGGACAAGCUGGCGCAGGAGCUCAGGCAGAAGUUCAGAGAUGGCGGUUCGAGUGCCAAGGACCUUUCGGAGUGUGUGGAGCUCCUUUUGCAGCUGGAUGAGCCAGCCGAGGAGCUCUGUGACAAGUUCCUGACCCACGCCAGGUCGCGACUGGAAGCAGACCUCCUGGGACUCGAGGCGGAGCUGCGACCAGUGUUGUCCAUUGGACCAACAUCUGUGGUAGUUCCCUCCACUGGCCCUGCCGGCAGACUGUCUGCUACACCUACCGCCGGGUCCCCCAUCGACCCCACCUCCCCCGGCAACCCCUUCCUCUCUCCCAGCUCAAGGACCGACAUUCUUGAAUUCAUAGACAGAGGUUGUAACGAAUUUGUCAGCAGCCUUUGCCUAGUCAUCGCCUCAUACCAAGAGCUGUUCGUCAACCGUCCACAAGAGAGUAACCUGGCCUACAAAAACAUCCCCCAGAUGGCUGUUGGAAAGCUACAUGCUUUUGUGGACUCCCUGGCCGCCCGCUACUUCUCCCUGGUGGAGAGGAGGAUACAGGAGGAGAAAAGUGUUGGAGACAACUCCCUCCUGGUCCGCGCUCUGGACCGCUUCCACCGCAGGCUCCAGGCAGUGGCCAAACUGCUGCCUGGGUCUGCCGUGCCCAGCCAGGGGACUGAGAUAGUUGUGCGUGCAGCCAGGGAGAGGGUGAAGCAGUACCUGGCAGCCCUGCAGAGCUUCUACCUGGACAGCCUGACCGACGUGAGGCAGGCCCUAGCGGCCCCUCGGCUGGGUGGAAGCUCGGCUGGAGGUGGGUCUCACCUCGGGGUACCGGCCGCUGGGAAAGAUGCUCUGGCCAGCUUGCCGGAGCUCCUCUCCUCUCUGUCCGCCUCCAUUCUCAAUCAGAUCAAGACGGUGCUGGCGUCCGUGCACCUCUUCACUGCAAAAGACAUCACCUUCUCCAACAAACCCUACUUCAAGGGGGAGUUCUGUAGCCAGGGUGUUCGCGAGAGCCUGGUGGUUAACUUCAUCAAAUUUGUGUGCCAGUCGUCACGUCAGUUCUGUGAGAGCGCGGUUGACCGGGGCGGCUCUACACCCCCUGCCCUUCUACUGCUGCUGUCGCGCCUUUGCCUGGACUAUGAAACCUCCACCAUCUCCUACAUUCUGACCCUCACAGACGAGCAGUUCCUGGUGCAGCAUCACUCUCCUGUCACAGCAGUUACAGCUUUGUGUGGUGAAGCCCGAGAAGCAGCGCAGAAGCUACUAAACCACUACGUCAAGGUUCAGGGCCUCAUCAUAUCCCAGAUGCUGAGGAAGAGUGUGGAGACACGGGACUGGGUCAACACCAUCGAGCCGAGGAACGUGCGUGCCGUGAUGAAGAGGGUGGUGGAGGACACAACCUCUAUUGAUGUCCAGGUGGGCCUCCUCUACGAGGAGGGAGUGAGGAAGGCACAUAGCAGUGACUCCAGUAAAAGGACGUUCUCGGUUUACAGCAGCUCCAGGCAGCAGAGCCGCUACACUCCCAGCUACACACCCAGUGCUCCCAUGGAUACUAAUCUCAUGAGUAAUAUACACAAGCUCUUCUCAGAGCGGAUAGACAUCUUCAGUCCUGUGGAGUUUAACAAGGUCUCUGUGUUGACCGGGAUCAUAAAGAUCAGCCUGAAGACGUUCCUGGAGUGUGUCCGUCUGCGUACCUUUGGUCGUUACGGCCUGCAGCAGAUCCAGGUGGACUGUCACUACCUGCAGAUGUACCUGUGGCGCUUCGUCUCUGAUGAGAACCUGGUCCACUUCCUGCUCGAUGAGAUAGUGGGCAGCACUGCCCACCGCUGCCUUGACCCCGCUCCUAUGGAGCAGAGCGUCAUCGAGGUCAUCUGUGAGAGAGGUUAAAGGCCAGAGGUCAUACCAGUUCAAGAACUGAUGUAUUGAGAUGGUGAAAUUGAAGAUUUUGUUGUAACUGUUGUUAGAACAAAACAUUGAAUUCCUUGAUGUGAACUAGUGGAAGAAGGUCUUGUGCUUGAUACACUGGAUUUCCAUGAUGUAAAUGUGGGGUCAACAGAUGGAUAAAUUAAACAUUAUUAUGAAUGAUGUAAUGUUAUUUCUAAUUAAUUAUGACUAAUGAAAAUGUAAUAAUAUGAUGUAAUAAACUAAAUCAUAAACACA